GGCGAUGAUCAUGCUCUUGCGGGACAGAAACUGGGCGAACCGCCUUUUGGCGCACCCCAGGGUUGUGCCCUUGAACCAGACAGGCUUUGAGAUGGUGGCCUUCCUCGGGAACUCCAAGGGUAUGGCCGUGUGGCUGAAGCGCCUGGUCAAGGACCGGGGAGGUUGGAUUGAGGGGGUCUCAGCAUUCAAGGAGUUCGCAAAGCAUCUCCACAAAGAUGGGGUGCCCGUUCAGAGUUUCGAGUCGCUGCUGGAGACGUUGCAGAGCCAGCCGUGGAUUGCAUGGCAUGGGAAGCAGAAGAAGUGCCACUGCGGCCUAACGCUCGAGUGCUGGGGCAGAGGUUCCAUCCGCUUGGACGAGGGCUGGUGCUGCUACGGCCAGCGCAGCAGAGGGCAGGACAUGGCGAAAAAUGGUCGAUUCUGCAGCCUAGGCCUGCAUUUGAGCACCGGCCACCACCUGGGCCGUCAAAGAUAUCACUGCACCAAAUGCGCACAGACCCGCAGGGUGGAUGAGACCGACGGCCCGGCGCCGGGGAACUACUGCGGCAAGUGCGCGCGGGGGAACCGGGGCAGCUACUUGGUCAGCCUUCUGGAUAGUUCCGCCAUGCGGCAGCUGCCCAUUUGGCGCAGCCUCUUCAUGAAGGCGGUCAAGGAGUGGCUGACGGACCACGAGCCGUUCCUCGACUUGGCGCGGGACCUGCUGAAGAGCGCAGUGCGGAUGCUGGACUGGAUCAGGGACUCUGAGGCACUUCACUCGAGCAUUUGCACCUGCUGCAUCGGGUUGAGCCUCACGCUCUACGCAUUGCGCUGGAGCUUGGGCGAAGACUUUGUGAAGCUCUUCCUGAGCAUCUUGCAGCUCGUGGUGCUUUUUGGGGGCACUGUGGCCUUCCUUAUGUACACCGCCCCCGCGCGGCGACUGCGCACGGCCUACAGGGCCUAUCAGCUCCUGGCCCGGUGCCACCGCUGGCGGCGCCGCGGGGGGUGCCAGCGCUGGCAAUUCUUCCGCCCCAGCGAGGAGUGGAUGAGCCCGAUGUGCCCGCGCGUGAACAGCGUGGACACAUUUAUUGAGGAAGGCGAUGUUGGGCUGUUUCCCCUGAGCCCGUAUGGCAGAACCUGAGGCCUGUGGCAAACUCGCAGAGGCAUUUGUAAGGUUGCCAACCCUCCUGGCG